AUGCCUUCACUCCUCGCUCGCCCCUUCCUCGUCCACAGCUCCCUCCCUGGCUUCCGCCCGGUGGCAAUGGCGGCGCUACCCAUUGGGCUGAAACGAGUCGCGGUCAUCGGGGGUGGCCCCGCAGGUCUCGCGUCCGCCAAGUACCUCCUCGAGGCAGGCCUUCAACCCACACUGUUUGAGAAGGCCGCUUCUAUUGGCGGGCUGUGGAGGCAAGGCAUUCCAAGCGACAGUGGCGAGGCAGUUGAAGAAGAAUCUUGUUCGAAACCAGCCGCCAGGGCUUCAGAUGGAGCGCCUGCGUGCUGGGCAGGCAUGAUGACAAACCUAUCGCGCGUCACCUGCAGUUUCUCCGACCAUCCGUGGGCCGACGAUGCGCCGCUCUUCCCGUCGCAAGCUCAAGUGCUCGCCUACUUGAAGUCCUACGCCCACCGGUUCCUCAUUCCGCCGGGAUCAAACUCAUUAGCAGCUUCGGGCUCGCUGCGCCUGAACGCGCGUGUCUCCCGCGUCGCGUUGCUGGACGACGGAAAGUGGAGUGUCCAAGUGGAUCAAGACGGCCGGCAGCAAAACCCAGAGGUGUUCGAUUCCCUGGUAGUCGCGUCAGGGUUCUUCGAGAAAACACACAUCCCCAACGUGCCAGGGGCUGAUGCAGCGGCAGCGGCAGGAGUCCUUAUGCACAGCGCCAACUACAGGAGCAGCGACGCCUUCGCGGGGAAGAAGGUUGUCGUCGUCGGCACAUCCUUCAGCGGCGUCGACAUCGCCGCUGACGUGGCAUCAAAAGCUUCUGAGGUCAUCCACGUCAUCACCAAGCCCUUCUGGCUGCUGCCACGCUUCCUUCCAGCCGACCCCUCGGACCCAGCCUCGCCCUUCCUGCCGCUCGACUUGUGCUUCUAUCGAAGGGCCUCGCGACCUUCGCCGUCUCUCGUCGUGUUGCGCAGUGAAGAGGCGCGGCGUGCUGCCAACAAGUACAUGCGCGCUCUGUGCGGUGAUCAGGGUAAGCUCCUCUGCCCGGAGCUGGGCGUGAGCAGCAGCGACAGCGAGCACCCGUUCAUCGCCAUCUCGGACCAGUAUGGGCCCAUGGUGCAGCAGGGGCUCAUCCGUGUGCUGCCCCGCAGAGUGCAGGGCGUGCUGCUGCAGCCGCAUUCUCCACAGGACAGCAGCACACCUCUGCAGGCCUCCGUAAUUCUCCAAGGCACAGAUGAGCGCAUCGACGGUGUGGAUGCACUCAUCUGCUGCACCGGCUACAGCCCCGCGCUUCCCUUCCUCCCCACCCACCUCAAGGAGCAGAUCGGCUUCGACUCGUCCGACCUCUUCUCGCCGCUGCUGCUGCACCGCUGCACGUUCCACCCGUCGCUCCCAAGUGCAGCCAUGGUGGGCAUGUACCGUGGGCCGUACUUUGCUGUCAUGGAGCUCCAGGCUCGUUGGGCCGCAGCCGUGCUGUCCGGCGCCCUCCCGCCCGUUCCAACCAGCACCCUACAAGAGGGCGUUGAGGAGGCGAGGAAGGUGCGGGAGCAGCAGCCAAGGCCCCAGUUCCCUGUGUGGGACUAUGUGGGAAUGUGCAACUCGCUCUCUGAGGCGCUCGGGUGUGCGCUGCCCACGGACCCUGAGUGGAUGAGAGCACACGACGUGGUGGUGCCCGCACACUACUGCACCCCCACCACUGCACCGUCUGUCGCUGCCGCUGAGGUUGCCCUGGCGCAGUUGACGCGUGCUUGCAGCGAGUUGGAGGGCGGGAGCGCAGUGGCAGGGGCGGUGUUCCGGGGCCUGGCGGGGAAGUGGCGGUUGGAGAGGGAGAUCCGGAGUGUGCAUGAGGGCCUGCCGUCGGGCACCAUGCAAGGGACAGCCACGUUCACGAUGCGACCGGGGGAAGGAGAGUACCUGUACCGUGAAGAGGGGGAGUUUGUGAUGGCAGGCAGCGCAGGGCGCAAGGGGAACAAGGUGUGGCGGGAGUAUGUGUGGGUGUGCGAGGGGCCGGAGGAUGGCAUUGCCGUCCACUUUGCCGACAAGUCGCAGCGCACUUACCUCUUUCACCACUUGAGGUUCUUUCCGGACCCUUCAGAGUCAGGUUCUUCUCCCGACAAGAAUGAAGGCCUUCAGAGUGCUGACUUCGUAGAGAAGGCGCUGCCCCGAGCGUGGCGUGCAGUCGGGGAGCACCUUUGUGUGAAAGACUUGUACAAAGUGGCGUACCGGUUUGCCUUCCAAGGUGUUCACGUGGAGAGGCCAUGUGAUGGGAGGAAGGGAGGAGGAGGGAGGGAGGUGGAAGAGGUGGUGCGGUUCAUCCUUGGCGGAGGUGAGCGAGGCGCUGCUGGGGGAGGGGGCUGCUGCAGGCCGUCGCUCACGGAGCAGCUGAUGGCGCACAUGCAGGCCGUUGCUGGCGGCCAAGCUUCUGACGCUCUUCCAGCACUGCUCGGCGCAGCGCCAGUGCCUAGGGCAGUGGCUUUGCCUGGCCUGGCAGCAGGGGCAGCAGAAGAAGGAGCAGUGGAAGAAGGGGCAGUGGAAGAAGGGGCAGCAGAAGAAGGGGCAGUGAGAGAAGGGGCAGCAGAAGAAGGGGCAGCAGAAGAAGGGGCAGUGGAAGAAGGGGCAGCAGAAGGGGCAGCAGAAGAAGGGGCAGUAGAAGAAGGGGCGGUAGAAAGGCCAGCAGCAGAAGGGGUGGCAACAGGAGGGGCAGCAACAGAAAGGGCAGCCACAGAAGGAGUGGCAGAAGAAGGGGCAGCAGCAUUAGCGGCAGCAGCAGAAGGGGUGGCAGCACAGGAUGCAACAAGUGCAUAA